GGGUCGUGAGGCGCCAUGUUGGCUCAGCGUGAUGGAAGCGGAUGCAGGAAGCGGCGGAGGCGGGUCUUUCAGAGUGAGAGCUGUGUUUAUUUCUGCUGUGUUGUUUCUGUUUCUCUGCUCGUCCUCUCACAGACAGCAGAUAUGAGCGCGUCUUUAACCGUGCAGAGGUUAGCGGCUCUAAGCGGGGCUCUGGCGGUCACCGCUGGUGCUUACGGAGCUCACGGCCUUAGGCUGAGUAACAGAGAUGAUUACCAGAAAGAGCUGUACAGCACAGCCAAUACCUAUCAUUUCUAUCACACUCUGGCCCUGUUAGGAGCCGCUCGGUGCAGAAAGCCAGCUCUAGCCGGGACUGUUCUUCUGGCUGGCAUGGGCUGCUUCUGUGGUCCCCUCUACCAUCAGGCCCUUACAGGUGACCCCUCCUUCUCCAAGCUGGCGCCAGUUGGUGGUGUACUUUUCAUCGUUGGCUGGCUUGCCAUGGCUCUCUGAACUUGGACCUCUCUCUGGUACACAGGCCCCUGACUAUUUGACCACCUCACUCUGGCAGGGGGUGUAAAGUGUUGAGAUGGAGCAGUGGAAGAGAACUGGAGAUGUGGUGUAGAGGAUAGAAUUGUUCAGUCAUGUCUGGCAGAUGAUGAUAGUGUCAGGGAUCACACUUCUCUUUACAGAAAUCCUUGUUUUAUAUGCAUAGAAAUACUUGGUGAGGCUGUGACUUAAUGUGAGUGAGUGAUAAAGUGUGAUGUCUUGAAAUCAUGUAAGUGCAGUUUUUAUUUCUCGGGAUGAAAAAUAAAGCUGUCUGAGAAACUGA